AUGAAUUCCUCAAACAACGAAGAAAGCUAUUUGAUGCAAUCAGAUCAAAACCUCAAACUAAGCUUCUUACGAGAAGAACUUAUAGAAAUGAACUACGAUGUUAGAUUAUUCACAAAAUUCGUUGAAGAUCUAAAGCGGACAAACAUUGAUGAGUGGACUUUUGAUGAGCUUUCAGACUGUAUAUGGGCAUUUAAAAACAAAUACAAACCUGGGCAAACACUCGAAGAAGUUUUAAAGCUUGAAAAAGCUGAAAAAGAUAUAGAAAGAGAAUUAUAUGAAAUAAUCAACCAAAAGAAAAUUCAAACUAAAGAAAAUAAUGCAAAAAAUAAAGAAACUCCACCGAAACCUCCAAGAAAAACAGAAAAACCUGAAUUUCAAGCCUUUGAAUCUUCUCCAAAGUCUAAUAUAAAUCUUGAAGAGAAUUUUAUUGAUCAGCCAGACAUUAAAUCCUCGCCUGAAAAAUCUAAAGAAAAUAAAAAGAAAGGAGAAAAAAUAAACACUGAACCUGCUGAUUUAUAUAUACAAAUUGAUGAAAUACUUCAUGAAGUAGUUCCUAAUACACCACAGUUUUCAUUAUCUGACACAGGAUGCAAGUUUAAUACACUAAUGUCUGAUGAAGAUGAUAUUAUAGCAGAAAUUUAUGGAAAAACUGACAUUCCUGCAGAAAUCAUUGAAGAGGAAUUUCCUGAUAAGUCCUUAACGUCAAUAUCUGCAUUUAAUGAUUCACCACGAAAUUUACAUUCUGAACAAAUAAUAAUUGAAAAUAUUACCCCGAAUCCACACCCAACUCCUAUCACUAUGACUAAAUAUGAAAAUAAUGAAAAUAUCAGAAAAGAAGAUGAAGGGAUUUUACGUUAUUUUCAAAGUUUUACAUUAACAUUGGAGAAUUUCGAAGAAAAAUUAGAAAAACUAUCGAAUAAAAUGAUUGAAAUUGAAAAUAAAAUUGAUAAAAAUAAUAGUGAUAGCUCUGAAAAGAGCAGCGGCUUGAUAGAAACUGUAGAGGUAUUAUCAAAAGAAAUUGAAAAACUAAAGAAAAAUCAAGAGGCAUCUUUUGUAAGCCAAGUAAGUUCUGCUAACGAAAUUUUUGAAAAAAUAAGCUUAUUAGAAAAUAAAGAUAAAAACCGAUCGAAAUUAUUAGAAGAAAUAGGAAAUGAAAAUACAUCUCUCCGUGAAAAUUCAAAAGAUUUAGAACUAAAAAUUGAUAAAAUCGAAAUUGAUAUCAAAAAUCAGCUAAAAUCUUUUAAAAACUGCACAAUGAGCCAGAAUGAAAUUAAUGAUAUCAGAGAAUCCCAAUCAUCAAUUAACACAAAUAUUGAAAAUAUAUCAAGUGACCUUUAUCAUCUUAAUGAAGAAAUUAUAAAACUCCGAAACCAAAUAGACGCUCAUUCAAAAUCAUCAGUAAAAAUCUCAAAAUUGAGAGCUGAUCAAGAAAAAUUUUAUAAUGAAAUUAUGCAGAGAAUUGAAAGUAUUGAAGAAAAAGAAGCAGAAGUCAAAAAAAUCAAGACUUUUACUGAAGCAAUUAAAAACGAUUUUCAUGAAAAAUUGAAGAAUUUAGAAGAGAAAUUAAGGAGAGAGCAUGAAAAUGACCCUACAAAAGAAGCUACUUUAUAUUCUAUCAGCACAUUAGAAAAGAGAAUGUACGCCCUUGAUGAAAAAUUAGCAAGAGAGCUUGCUAGUGUUAGAGAUUUUUCUAUCUCAAAAAUGAAAGAAUCCCAAAUCCUUGAAGAAAGCAAGGUUAUAUCAGAAAAAGAAGACACAAUAAAUAUCUCUUUUUCUGAAAAUAAAACCAAAAAGCAAAUAUUUUUAGAAAAAAGUGACACGAUUUCUCCAUUAACUAUAUCUCAGCUUGAAAAAGAUCACCUUUCAAAGCCUCCCAAAUUUUUGAAUAAUCGAAAAAUUAAAAAUGAAAAGGCCUUUAGUAUAAGCCCUCAAACUCUAAAAGUUAAAAAAAUUGAAGAAGAAAAGGGAUUUAACGAAGAAAAUGAGCUAGAACCUACAAGAGAUUUGCCAGUUCCUAUAAAGAAAAAUCCAGAAGAAUCUUUGAAUGAAAGAAUAGCUAGGCUUGAAAAUUUAAAUAAAAGGACUAAUACUUCAGAAAAAGCUAGCCAGUCUGUAGAGAAGUCAGAUAUGUCAAUUUCUGAGGAUUUAGGGAAAUUUGUGCCUGGAGAAACUGAGAGCAUACUUGUUAAUACUAUUUUGGAGAAAGCUAACAAAACAAGGGCUACAGAAAAUUUUAAACAAGCUUUUAGGCCUACAAGAGGAAUUAGCCCUGUUUCUAACUCUUUUAAGUCGUUUUCACAAUAUAGCAAUAAGCCUUCUGGUGAUAGCAGUGAGUCUUUGCCAAGCCAAGAACUGCAAGAACAUUUAAAAAUGAGAGGAUUCAAGCUUCAGGAAAAUCGACCUUUUGUAGCACAACGUCAGAAAGAUUAA